AUGACCACAGGCUCAAGCGAUACGGCUGCAGACCCUGAGAGCCCCAAAGAGCCUUCCGACCCGUUUCUCGCCCGAGCUCAGAAGAUGCUGGGGAGCAACAGCGAGAAAGUAACUGAAGUUGCAUUCUGGAUGCUACAGAAGCAGACGGAGCUGGAGCUGGUAGAGACUCAGCUGCGCUAUUACAAAGAAAACAACAAUGUUCUUAUGAAGAAGGCAAAGCAAGCUCAUGAGCUGGAGCUUCGAAACAAAAUACAGAAUGAAGAGAGCUACUUCAAGUAUAUACUCUCGUAUCCUACCCAAAGAUGUCUACUUCAACACCUGUUCGAUCGAGUGGCAUUCAAUGUGAACUUGAGCGACGAGGAGAUAAGUCGUCUGUUUGACGCUUCCAACGUGCCUCGAGAGGGCUGGGGUCUUCUGGACUAUGAAACACUGCCGAUGGAGAGAAUAUACAGGAUGUUGCAGUCUCAAGAUCUUCGCCGUGAGAUGUGGAGAAGGCUGGGGCUCAACGAGGAUAUGGAGCUGCCUGAUUUCACUACGACCGGUCAUUUGCACGGGAACCUGCCAGGUGAUGAGUUCUUUUGGACACCGGGGAACUUCGUGUACUUGGACAAGAACGCCAGCGAAGUGGAAAAACGAUUCUUCAGAGAAGUGUGCAACAAGUUCGACAGGUAUCUCGAUGUCUUCGAUAUCGACAGAGUACCAUUGGGCGAGCUGAUCCUCGAAAGCAAGGCCCGCGCUUGCAGUCAAGCCGCUCAGGAUAGUGCAGCGGUGACCAGCAAGGCUGAGCCUGAGUAG